AUGCUUAGAGAUAGGACCAAUCUGUUUCUAUCUUAUCGAAGGACAUUUCCACAUCCAUCACGCUAUAAUUCAAAUCAUGAACGCAACGCCUUUUCUGAUUUGGAGGACGGCGCGGCCGAGGAAUCUCAUCCUAUGAUUAACAUGGGAACGACAUCUGAAAGUCCGCCUACUCAGUUUUUGGGCCUAACAGGGGUGAUUGACGAUAAUCUCAAACAAGCGGAAUCAAAAAUGUUGCAAUUGACCAAACUAUACCGCAAAAAUUCCCUUCCGGGCUUCGAAGAUAAAGCGGCUGAUGAGCAGGAAAUAGAGGAACUAAGUUACAGCAUUAUCCAACUUUAUCAACGUUGCCACGCUGCUGUUAAGUCACUAAAACAGGAAGGCUCUCAACGUCAUAGUACCGGUCAAAGAGUUCAUCGUGGAGACAUGGUAGUAAUCGAUAAUUUGGCAAAGAAUUAUGCUAACAAGAUACAGGUCAGUUCAAACAAAUUUAGGAUGCUACAAAACAAUUAUUUGAAAUUUUUGAAUGAGGACGACUUCAAACCAUUGCCGCGAUCUUCAACAGAUGCCGAUGCCUUGCUUGUCCUUGAGGAGGAGGAAGCAAAUGCUUCUACUCAGCAGGAAAUCGAUACAUACUCAAGACAAACUCUGCUACGGCAAACAGAAAGGCAGACUAGAGGAGAAGAAACACGAUUUUUACAACAACGAGAAGAGGAGAUCACCCAGCUUGCCAGAAGUGUUCUUGAGGUAAGUACUAUAUUUCGAGAAAUGCAGAGUCUCGUAAUAGAUCAAGGAACCAUCGUUGAUCGCAUUGAUUAUAAUCUGACAAAUACUGUAACCGAGCUGAAAGGAGCACACCGAGAGCUAGAACGUGCAACUGUAUAUCAGAAGAGAACUCAAAAGUGUAAAGUCAUUCUACUGCUCAGCUUGAUAGUGGUAGCAUUGUUCUUUUUUGUAAUGUUAAAGCCACAUCAUCACGGAGGGACAAGUAAUAAUAUCAUUGAAUCGCAAGGGCCACAAUCAAAUGAUUCAGAAAAGGAGAUAGGCAUUGAGCCUAGCGAUUUUUGA